CCCCGCCAACCCUCAGCCGGGUCCCCCGUCCGUCCCGCUCUGCAGAACUCCGCGCUUCUUCCAACACUUUUUUUUUUUUUUGGUAACACCCCAGAACUCCGAGUCCCCUAACUGAAUUCGACUUCUGUUUUUAUUCCUCCCUUGCGUCCUCCGCUGCCCGCCUCAUCUGAUUGAUGUGCGAAGGCUGAUGCCUCUGCCAGAGCGAGAGGAAUAAAUAGAUGCUGCCUCGCCGCGAGGCUUAGUCGCCUGCCGAGAGCAGCCGGCGCAGCGAGGCAGCGGGCUCCGCCGGGCUCGUGGACCGCAGCGGGAGGACGUGGGUCCGAGCGAGCCGUGCUUGUCCGCCCCGCGCCACCCCGCCGGGACCAUGGUCUGCAGCGGCCCGGGACGGAGGCUGCCGCCGCGCGCCGCGCUGCCGGUGCUGGCUGCCGCGCUCUGCCUGCUCCGGGUGCCCGCGGCUCGGGCGGCGACCUGCGAGCCGGUCCGCAUCCCCCUCUGCAAGUCCCUGCCCUGGAACAUGACCAAGAUGCCCAACCACCUGCACCACAGCACCCAGGCUAACGCCAUCCUGGCGAUCGAGCAGUUCGAAGGUCUGCUGGAGACGCGCUGCAGCCCGGACCUCCUCUUCUUCCUCUGCGCCAUGUACGCGCCCAUCUGCACCAUCGACUUCCAGCAGGAGCCCAUCAAGCCCUGCAAGUCCGUGUGCGAGCGCGCCCGGCAGGGCUGCGAGCCCAUUCUCAUCAAGUACAGACACUCGUGGCCCGAGAGCCUGGUCUGCGACGAGCUUCCGGUGUACGACCGCGGCGUGUGCAUCUCUCCCGAGGCCAUCGUCACCGCGGAUGGAGCCGAUUUUCCUAUGGAUUCUAGUACUGGCCAUUGCAGAGAGGCAAGCAGCGAGCGCUGCGCGUGUAAGCCCGUCAGAGCCACUCAGAAGACCUACUUCCGCAACAACUACAACUACGUCAUCCGGGCUAGGGUUAAAGAGGUGAAGACGAAGUGCCAUGACGUGACGGCCAUCCUGGAGGUGAAGGACAUUCUGAAGGCGUCGCUGGUGAACAUCCCGAGGGACACCGUCAGCCUUCACGCCACCUCUGGCUGCCUCUGCCCCCCGCUCCAUGUUAAUGAGGAAUAUAUCAUCAUGGGCUACGAGGACGAAGAGCGCUCCAGGUUACUCUUGGUUGAAGGCUCUAUAGCUGAGAAGUGGAAGGAUCGUCUUGGAAAGAAAGUCAAGCGCUGGGAUAUGAAACUCCGUCAUCUUGGCCCGGGUAGAACUGAUGCUAGUGAUUCUACUCAGAGUCAGAAGUCCAGCAGGAGCUCCAAUCCCCGGCCUGCGCGCAGCUAAGUCCUGAGAUGCGAGCGGCCACAGCCACGGACUCCUUACUAAGACUGGCAUUGCUGGACCCGCGAAGGAAGAUUGCACUAUUGCGCUCAGGACCUAUUGUUUACUACAGAUAGCGCGUGGCAACUGAUGCUACUUCCGUUUCCUUUUCUCCUGCUUCUUAGAGGCCUGGGGUUAGAUCCUUAGAGGCGUUGUAUGUUCUGUCUUACUAAUCAUGGGGGUAUCAUGUGGAUACCCAGGCCUCUGUACUGAAGUUCCAAAGUAUUAAUUUUGUGUUCUGUACUCAGAUUGAGAAUGCAAUAUUGGCUGUAAAGAGAGAUUUCUGGUCAUAUUUCAGAAAAAAAACAAAAAAACCCCUAGAUAUUGCUGUAAAACAGAAUCUGCUGGUGUGCCUCCAGUGUUGCUUUUGUAUGCUCUUUAGGCAUUUCCUUCAUGCUAUGAAAGUUCUAAAUGUUUAUAAAGGUGGAAUGGCAGCUUGAAAUCAAAUACUGCAGAGCACCAGGAAGCAUUUAUGAGGAAAUGCCACACAGCAGGAUUUAUUUUCAAGAUUGGCAGGAUGCAAAAUAAAUAGUGUUCGGAGCCAAGAAAAUGAUAUUUUACCUGAUUAGGGAGCACACUGGAACCAGUAGCCCUUGAGACAUUAGCAGCAGUGUUCUUCUUCUGGCAGUGCAUUUAAUUUGUUCACACAUAUAUUAAUGGGCAUCAGAGAAAGGCUUAGAGUAGACAUCUGAGGUCACUGUAACUCUGUCUCCUUCUAAGUGAAACUCAUCGUUGGAUGCCCCCUCUCUAGGAGCAAAUUUGGCCUGCUGUGUUGAGCAGAGAAAGAAGGUAUCAAAGUAUGCGUGUGCGCGCGCCGUGGUAUUUUGAAGAGAUGUACCUCUGUGAAAGACUGUCGUUUACAGGACAGGGAAAUGUGCAAGUUUGCUUUUAUUUUUAGUUUUCACUUUGGGCUUGUGUUUUGGGGUUUUGGUGUGUUUUGCUUUGGGCAUGUGUCUUGGGGUUUUGGUGUGUGUACUCAUUUGCAUUUUUGGGGAGUGGAGUAAGCCAUUACACACCCAAGGCCGACUAGAUGGUAGCAGACUAGGCUCAUUGGCCCAGGCGUUAUGAUUUGAGUUUGUGCUGUUCAGUGCUUGGUCAAAAUGCCGAGGAAGAGGAAUUAUGGUUGUCAGAAGGGACAGUAUCAUGACUUUUAAACAACAGCGAAUUUUUUAUUACACAAGCCACCGUGAGAAGCUACAGACCAUGGAAACUCAUCGUGUCCUUCCUUCCUGCAGCAGGGAUCCUUAGAGCACGUGCCAGUCACCCGAAGGUCUCGUUCCCUGCAGUUUACACGUGGGAUAGUAGUAGAUCCAAAUUCCUAAGCUAUGGUGUGCUGAAAAUAAAACAUGUAUGAAGCAAA